AUGCUGAAGCAGAGUGAGAGAAGGCGGUCUUGGGGCUACAAGCCCUGGAACACCGUGGAGACUGAGGAUGCGACCCACACAGGGGGCAGCCACCACCGCAGGAGCAUCUGCUCGAUGGGUGGUCGCUCUGGCUCCCAGGCCAGCAUCCCCCCGUGGACCGAAGGGAACUACAACUACUACAUUGAGGAGGACGAGGAUGGAGCUGAGGAGGACCCAUGGAAGGAUGAGCUGGCCGAGGAGACCAACAGCACCCAAGAUGACCUUGCUGACAUUCCAUCCCUAUCCUCUACCCUGAAGGUGAACGUGGGUGGCCAAAGCUACUACCUGGACUACACCCAGCUGGCCUGCUACCCCAAGACGCGCCUGGGCCGCCUGGCCACCUCCACCAGCCGCAGCCGUCAGCUGGGCCUGUGUGACGACUACGAGGCGCGCACGGACGAGUACUUCUUCGACCGCGACCCAGCUGUCUUCCAGCUAGUCUACAACUUCUACGCAUCGGGUGUGCUGCUGGUGCGAGAUGAGCUGUGCCCCCGUAGCUUCCUGGAGGAGCUGGGCUACUGGGGCGUGCGACUGAAGUACACACCGCGCUGCUGCCGCAUCUGCUUCGAGGAAAGGCGCGACGAGCUGGCAGAGCAGCUCAAGAUUCAGCGCGAGCUGCGCGCCCAGGCGCAGGCCGAGGAGGGAGAGGAGCUCUUCCGCCACAUGCGUUUCUAUGGCCCGCAGCGGCGACGCCUCUGGAACCUUUUGGAAAAGCCUUUCUCGUCGGUGGCCGCCAAGGCCAUCGGGGUGGCCUCCAGCCUCUUCGUGCUGGUGUCCGUGGUGGCGCUGGCGCUCAACACGGUGGAGGAGAUGCAGCUGCCGCGGGGAACGCGGGGCGCAGGGGGCGGUGGUGACCCACGGCCUCUGCUAGAGCACGUGGAGCUGCUGUGCAUCGCUUUCUUCACACUCGAGUACCUGCUGCGCCUGGCCUCCACGCCCGAUCUGCGGCGCUUUGCGCGUGGCGCCCUUAACCUGGUCGACCUAGUGGCCAUCCUGCCACUCUACCUGCAGCUGCUGCUGGAGGCGGUCGUGGGUGACGAUGGUCAGGGCUCGGGGCGGGAGCACGACCUGGAGACAGUGGGCCGCGUGGGCAAGGUGGGCCAAGUGCUACGCAUCAUGCGCCUCAUGCGCAUUUUCCGCAUCCUCAAGCUGGCCCGCCACUCCACCGGGCUGCGUGCCUUUGGCUUCACACUGCGCCAGUGCUACCAGCAGGUGGGCUGCCUGCUGCUCUUCAUCACCAUGGGCAUCUUCGCCUUCUCAGCGGCCGUCUACUCCGUGGAGCACGACGUGCCUGGCACCAACUUCACCAGCAUUCCCCACUCAUGGUGGUGGGCCGCGGUGAGCAUCUCCACUGUGGGCUAUGGAGACAUGUACCCUGAGACCCACCUGGGCAGGCUCUUUGCCUUCCUCUGCAUUGCUUUUGGGAUCAUCCUCAAUGGGAUGCCCAUCUCCAUCCUCUACAACAAGUUCUCUGACUACUACAGCAAGCUCAAGGCUUAUGAGUAUACAGCCAUAAGGAGGGAACGGGGGAAGGUGGACUUCCUGCAGAGGGCCAGGAAGAAGAUGGCUGAAUGCUUGGCUGGAAGCAACCCACAACCCACCUCCAAGCAAGAGAACUGA